UAAUAUGUUUAUCUUUUAUUUAUUUAGAAAUUUUUACAAAUACCAGAAGUAAACAAAUGGACCACUCAAUUUCAAGAUGAUACUAACACUGUUAUUAAAUUUAAAGAUGUUUCAUGUACUUGGGAUAUUCCUGGAAUGGAAAAUGAAACAGAAACUAACAAUAAAAUUGUUAAAAUUAAAUUAGAAACAAAAAAUGAAGAGUGCAAUCCUUUAACAAAAGAUUUAGAUUCAAUUGGAGAAGCUGUUCUGAAAGGAGUAGAAUUAAUUGUGAAAAAGGGUGCACUCAUUGGAAUAUGUGGUAGUGUUGGAAGUGGAAAAUCAUCAUUGCUUUCAGCUAUAUGUGGAGAUUUGACUCUUUUGNAGUUCGGACAAGGAGAUGGUAGCUGCCCCUGUGGUAGUCCUCGCGGCAACGCGAGAUAUGAUGAAGUAAUUAUGGCUUGCUGUUUGUCACAAGAUUUAGAUUUAUUACCAAAUGGUGAUCUUACAGAGAUUGGAGAAAGAGGAGCAACUUUAAGUGGUGGACAAAGACAGCGCAUUAAUCUUGCUCGAGCACUGUACAGCAAUCGUGAUGUAUAUUUAUUGGAUGAUCCACUUUCUGCAGUUGAUACAAAAGUAGCUAGUCAUAUAUUUGAACAUUGCAUUCAAAAUUCAAUGGCAAAUAAAACUGUUCUUCUGGUUACUCAUUCUAUGCAAGUUUUAGAAAAAUGUCAAGAAGUUAUUUUUAUGAAAAGGGGUCACAUUGCAGAAAGAGGAACUCAUUUAGAGUUAAUGAACAAGAAUGGAGAAUAUGCUCGUAUGUUUAAUCUCGAUAAAGCUAAAUAUCAAAAUACUGCUGGAACAGAAGCAUUAUUUCUAAGGAUUCUUUUAGCCAAAGAAUCAGAUCAGAAUGAUAAUGUUGCAAACAAAGAUAAAACAGAUGAUAAUUUUGAUACAAACAAACUUGUCAUUGCUGAAGAUAUGGGUAGAGGUGCUGUUUCUUGGAAAUCCUAUCGUCAUUAUAUAAGCUCUUCAGGAGGUCCCUUUGUUAUUGGAUUAUUAUUAUUUCUUUUUCUAGCUUUUGUUUCUUCUCUGUUAUUUAGUUUUGUUUGGUUGAGAUAUUGGAUGGAUACAUUUCGGAGCUCUUCUAAAAAUUGGAAACAAAAUUUUACAUUUAAUGAAUCUCUGCCUUCAUUACUGUCCAACAGUUCUGAAUUUAAAGAUGAUAAUACAAAACAUUUAGAAGAAUAUCAUUAUCAGUUAAUCUAUGCUUUAUCUGUUGUUGUUGUAUUAAUUCUUGGAAUAAUAAAAGGAAUCUUUUGUGCAAAGAUUGUUUUAAGAGCUGCCAGUAAACUUCAUGAGCAAAUGCUACAUAGAAUUAUGAGAUCUCCAAUUAGUUUUUUUGAAACAUCACCCUCAGGAAGAAUAUUAAACAGAUUUUCUAAAGAUAUUGAUGAAAUUGCUGUUUGCACUUUUCUGCCCUAUGUGAUGAGAAUGAAAUCCGAGUUACUUGCAAGAUUUACUUCUAUGGAAAGAAUUUCUUCUUAUUGUUUGGAAAUAGCUGAAGAAGCUCCUGAAUAUAAUGUACAUUGCACUGCCCCAGGUACUUGGCCUCAAAUGGGAAAAAUUGAAUUUAAAAAUGUUUGUCUUCGAUACAGAGAAGAUCUUCCAUUAGUAUUAGAAAACAUUAAUUUUAAAAUAGAAGCUGGACAAAAAAUAGGAGUUGUAGGUCGGACUGGAGCAGGAAAAUCAUCAUUGUUGUCAUCUUUAUUGAGACUAGUUGAAUUAAAUUCUGGAAGUAUACAUAUUGAUGGUAUAGAUAUAAAAAAAUUAGGAUUGAAACAGUUACGCUCCUCUUUAGCAGUCAUACCUCAAGAUCCAGUAUUAUUUGAAGGAACUGUCAGAUAUAACUUGGAUCCUUUUUCAGAACAUACAGACAAUCAAUUAUGGGUAGCGUUGGACAGAGCACAUCUUAAGUAUAAAAUCAGUCAAGAAGAAAAACAGUUGGAAGCUACAGUGGAGAAAAAUGGUGAAAACUUCUCAAUAGGUGAAAGACAGCUUCUAUGUUUAGCCAGAGCUCUUUUAAGGAAGAAUAAAAUUUUAAUGCUGGAUGAAGCCACUGCAUCAGUGGAUAUAGAGACAGAUCAUUUGAUUCAGGCAACAAUCAAAGAAAUGUUUCAAGCAUGUACAGUUAUAACUAUUGCACACAGACUUAAUACUAUUUGGUCUAGUGAUAAAGUAAUUGUUAUGGAUUCAGGAAAAGUUAUGGAAUUUGAUACUCCAACAAAUCUUUUAUCUCAGGAAGGAUCAAUAUUUCGUUCCAUGAUAAAUGCAAUGAGAAAAUCAAAUGAAUAAAGAUUAUGUAAAUUAUUCUGCCAUUAACUAUAACAGUAUUAUAAUAUUUCUCUAUCUUUAUAGAUUAUUAGUAGUAUGUUUUUUAGAUUUUUAUUUUAAUAUUAAUAUGUUAUGAACAUUGUGAUUGCUCAUAUAAAUAUCUAGUUCAACUAUAAAGAGGUAAUGGUUAUAUAUGAAAAUUUACUUUUUUGGUGCUGAAGUUUUGCAAAUAUAUUACCACCAUUUAUUUAUUAUAGACAUAAUUCUGUGAUAAUCAUUUAUGUGAUAAAAUCUUAACAGUUAGUGCAAUCCUUAAAAAUUUCCAUAUUGUUUAUAAAAUAAUAAGAAGAAAGUUGUUUGUGUGUGUGUAUGCAUAUGUAUAUACAUAUAUUUUUUAUAUCCAACUUUUUUUUUUAAAUCUUUUAAAGUUCUAAAAGAUUAUUUAUUGUAGAUUAUUUUCAUACAUCUGAUAUUAAUUUUUGGUAAUAAAAUUGAUUUAUUUGUUAAUAAGAGAACAGAAUAUAAGAUGUGAAACAGAAAGAUUAGCAACAUUUGAAUUAUAUUCAUGUCCAUUUUCAAUGUUGAAUUGUUAAAAUGUUUACUUUAUUUAGUGCCUUGAUAGAUCAUUUCUGAGAUCUCAAAUCAUAAGUUAUUAUUAACUUUUAUCUUUUAAAAUCUUGAUGUAAUAGUUCAUAUUCCAGUGUAAAUAAUCAGAUGUGCAUCUAUUAUACAAAAUGUCCAAUUAUUCUGUUUUCAGAAGCUAAACCAAUAUGUUCUAUGUCUAAAAUGCUUGAAAAAACAAUUAUUUUUCUAUACUCAUACAAAAUGUUUUAAAACUAGUUAUAUUAUCAUAUACAACCUUUCCGCAUAUAGAAGUAAAAUUAUAAUAUCAAUCAAAAUAGUUAAAAGAAAUAAUAUUUGAGAAUAUUUAUAACUUAAUGAGCAAUUUUUACUAGGGAAUUAUUAUUCAUUACUGAUUUGAAACCUUUUAUUCUCAUUCUUUCAAUAAAUAUAUGUUAAUUCAUUAUUUACUAAAUAAUAUUGAAUGUUUAUAUUCUUGAAGCAUGCAGUAGAAAAGCAUUUUGUAAGUUUUUUUCAUUCUUUUUUUUACUGUUUUAGUUCAUUUAUUCAAUAGAAAACAGCACUUAUUCUUUCUGUUACACAAUCCUGUGAUAUUACUGAAUUUUUAAGUGAAAAGUGAAUCAUUAAUAGUUAUAUAACAAACUUAUUAUUUGUUGCUUACAGGAAAACCAUUCAGAAAUUUUGUAGGUAUUUCUGUUUUGUAUACAAAUAAACUGAUAUUUUGGAUUAAUAUAAAAUUAUAUAAUAAAAAUUCUUUGACAUGAUGCUGAUAACAAAUUUCAAUGUCUAUUACAGCUAGUGUAAGUCAUUUUGGAAAAUGAAGUUACAACAAAAUUUAUCACAGUAUUAAUAAUAAUGUUGAAAAUUUGAUAACAGCUGAAAUAUUUUUUUGCAUUUGUCAAUUUUUAGAGUCUAUUUCACAUAAAAAAAUCAUU